UUUGGAAAAAUAAAAUUACUACAUUACGAAGAGAACAAAAUAUUUUAUGUUUAUUUACAAUACAUAUGUACGACGACUGGAGCAGAGAAAUGCAAAUCAAUAAAUAAAAACAGGAAGUUUCAAAAUUAAUGGAUCUAUAUUAGCACCAUAUAUACACCAUAAUAGAUAUACAACUUUACAUUUUAAAAUGAAUAGCUACGUUAUAAAUUCAUUCGUCGGCGAAGGCUCAUUUGGACGUGUUUUUAAAGCAAAACACAAAGAUACCGAUGCUGUAGUAGCCUUGAAAGUGAUAAGGAAGAAAGGUCGCUCGUCUAAAGACUUAAAAUGUUUGAAGCAAGAAUGCGACAUACAGAGGCAAUUGAAUCAUCCAAACAUAAUUCGGAUGAUAGACAGUUUCGACACUGAUACAGAAUUGGUAGUUGUCACAGAAUAUGCUGAGAAAGAACUACAUGGAAUAUUGGCUAAGGAGGGUUGUCUUAAUGAAGAACAAGUGAAGAAGAUUACUUGGGACCUUGUGUCUGCACUGUACUACUUACAUUCUCAUAGAGUUUUACAUAGAGACCUCAAGCCACAAAAUGUGCUAUUGGAUAGUACAGGACGUGCCAAACUCUGUGACUUUGGUCUUGCAAGAAUAAUGACAAAUGCAACACACAUUUUAACAUCCAUCAAAGGCACACCAUUGUACAUGGCCCCCGAGUUAAUUGAUGAGAAGCCAUAUGAUCAUCAGGCAGACUUAUGGUCACUUGGCUGUAUUGUAUAUGAGCUAAUUGCUGGGCAACCACCUUUCUGUACAAUGUCUAUAUGGCAACUUGUCCGCAUGAUUAGACACAAACCUGUACAGUGGCCUAGUUUCAUCAGCACUAAUGCUCGGACCUUCCUACAGGGCUUAUUGCAUAAAGAUCCUUUGAAAAGAAUGAGCUGGCCAGAAAUAUUGGAACAUCCAUUUGUAGCUGGUCACAUUCUUAUUCUACCAGAAGACGUCCAGAGUGAAUCACCAUUUACCAAGCCUUUAACACACAGUCAGCAAGAAGCCAAGCAAUUGCAGCGGGAAAAAAUAUGCAUUGGGAAUGCAAGAACAAAAAAAAUGGAAGGUGAUCCACUAAGACUUGUAACCAAAGAGCAUGAUUUAAGGAAUGUAAAAGUCAUGCAAGCUUUGGAAUGUUUGCCUAUGUCUGAUGACGACAGUGUCAGGGCCACUAGCGCAUUCAGUGUUCGAGACAGCCUCAAAACUGAUGAUGAAGAGCAAGCAUAUCCCAUUUCAGUAGCCAAUGCAAAGCUUUUACGACAUGAAUAUAAUGUAAUGAACAACAGUAAUCUCCUUGUUUGUAAUCUAGAAAACAAUAUGGCACAGCUAAUGGCUUGUAAUAAAAAACAGAUAGAAUUAAAUACAAAGAAAAUGGAGAAAAUAGAUGAAGAAAAACAUAUAACAGAAAAAUCUGAAGAAUCUAAAGCGGAUGCAGUCAAAUGUGUUGAGGAUGAACAGGUUACUGAAUUUAAACAGAAAUCUAAAACAACAGAUACUGCCUCACACAGCUUAGAGAAUCCUAAAAGUUCAACAAAAUGCAGCAGUGAUAUUAGUUGCAAGUCUGGAUUAAGCAAAAGUGUACCACCUUCAUAUAAGCAGAAAAUAUUACAGUUCUCUAGGGAUAAACUAAGGUUUGGUAGUGGCGGGAAUAAACUGACAAGAAGCAUUAAAAGAUCAUUUAGUAUUCGAAGUUGGGAUAAAAAAAGUGAUAGUCAGAGAAGAAUCAGUGAACCAACUGUGGAAAUACCAAGUAUUAUUAGUGCUGAAGAAGAAAAACAUUCAAAGGAAGAAAAGGAUGAGGAUGUUGAGAAGUGUGAGGUAAUUGAAGAUAUACCGAAUGAUCGAGAUGUUGCAGAUAAUGAUAGAAUUCUCAAAGUCGAAGAGAAUAACAAACCAGUUGAGCAGGAACCAUCAAGCAUUGAACUAGAAGAAUGGGAGGCUUUCUUGAAUUCAAAUAUCAGUGAAGUUAUGGACGGCGAUGUCGAAUCUUUGACUCAGUUGAAUAUGGUGAGUAUGGUGGUUGGUGUGGUGGGCAAUGCAGCGCGCGGUGCGGGGGGCGGCCGGGUCUGCGGGGCUGUGGCUGCGCUACUGGCGCUGCCCGCUCUGGUGCACACCCUGCCGAGACACACGCUACUCAAUAUACAAGAUGUAUAUUUGGAGGCGAAAGUGCCUUAUAAUUUCGUAGCAGCUAUAAACACAUUAAUGGAGAACAGUGAGGACAAUGACGACGGAGCAGAGGAUAGAUUACAAGGUGUUAGUCGUAUGGUUGAAGUGUGUGCGUGGCUGUGCGUUCGUUCCUGCAGAGGAGUGAGACAGUUUGCCACUGCCCUAAGUGCCUACAACGCGUAUCCGGUGUUCACUAAACUGCUUAAGCUUGACACGAGAAAUCCCAGGAUAGUCCUGAACAUAGUCGGUCUCCUGAUCACCAUACUGCAGGACCUACCGGAACUAGCUGACGUUGUCGAAAGAAUACUAUUCGAGGACAAGAGUUUUAAUUUCAUAAAUCUACUCGAACAGCCAAACGACGCACUGAGAAUGAGAGUUUGUAUACUGAUAAGUCUACUUUGCACCUUCUCGUGUACCGCUUUCUCUGCAGCAAUGGAAACGAAAUGGAGUAAGAAGGAGAGCGAUAGUUUGGAAGCGCUCCACGGUCAUUGUAACGUUACUCUGAACAGGGCCGCAAGACUGGCCACUAAGGAGCUCAGUAAUAUGCCUUUUUAUUCUAAUUAAUCGAGGAAAGAUUGAAAUUUUAUUGGAAAAUUUCAUGGUAAAUUACGUAAAACGAAACGUAUUUCGAACACAAUAUUAAUAUAUUAUGCUAUUGGAUGGAACGAUGUAGGAAUAAUUUGAGAUAAUCGACUUAUCUUUGUUUGCUACAUAGACGAGAGAUCCUAUCUAGUAUUUAGCUGAUACCAGUGGCUAUAUUAUUGUUGGAUUGUUUACUCUUUGGAGGGCGAAAUAGACUAUUUAUACAAUAUAUUUAAGAUAUACAAUAUACUUCGGUAUCACUUGGCGACGAUAAAUUUGUGAUUUCUUAGAGGUCCGGUAACAACAUAUCAUCAGGUGCGCUGUCUACUCUUUCAUCCAUCCAUAAAUAGAAAAGUUAAAACUGUGCUUAUUAUAGCUAAAAAAGAUCAAAUAAGCAGAUUAUUAAACUGUAAACUUGUAAAUAGAAAUAAAUAAACGUAUGAAAUAAAUUUUCAAUAAGCCCAUAUAUAUUGACAAGUACUUAUCGGAUUAAAAGACGUAAUAUAUUUUUUUUAUUAAAAAUCUUAAUACUCACUGCCAUUUUAAAUAAAGACUGAUGUUUAAUUCCAUUUACAUUUUGUGAGCAAUAAGGAAUUGCAAAUAUUUACAUUCUUAAUGUUUCUGAUUAUAUAUUUAAUCAUUCAUGAUUAUGAUUAACUCCAAAUAUUUUCCUUUUUCUAUAACCCGUCUAAAAAAAAUAGCCUGAACGCGAUUCGACUUCGUGAUGUCAUAUAGACCCAAAAUACACGACAAAAUAACAGAAGAUCAUACACAUCGAUUUUAUCAUAAAUUGUCUUGAUGAUUUGAAAUCUGACAUAGUCGUCGCAUUCAGGCCACGAUUCCAAAGAAAUAUUCCGCUGUAAUCCGUUGUAAUCAAUUCUACUAAAAUAAGAUUAAAAUGAUAAACGAAAAUAAAAUUUAUAAAUGAACAGAUUUUUUACACCCUGUAUAUUUAUUACUAAAAUGAAAUCGCAUCUAAUUGUAAUCAGAAAAUAUAAGUAAAGAUAUCAACUAUAAUACAUCGAAUAUUAAAUUUAAAA